AUGCGAUAUCAAAGACUAAGUGAAGAUUCAUCGAUGAUCGUGACUGAAACAGGAGAAAGUCAAGUGGUGUCAUCAUCGUUGCAUUCCGAUCGAAAUGUUCGUCAAACAAGAAAACUUCUUUUGAUAUUUUUAGUCAUUCAAUGGAUUUCAUCGAUAGUUCUUUUCGGAAUUGACAGUUAUCUUUUAGCUAAAGAUAUAGAUGUCGAUCAUCGGCUAGGACUGCGUUUCUUAGUGCCCAUCGCUCUAUCUUUCAUUUACUACACAUCUGGUUUAGUUGCAGUGUAUUUGAUUCAUCAUCUAGGAAUUUAUGUCUUUGCUUGGUUAGGUUUUCUGCAAUAUGUAUCCUUAUGUUUUGAAGUUCUGCUGGAUUUAAUCGUUGUCGUAAGACACCCAUCGCACGAUCGAGAGAAUAAAGUCGAUGUUACGAUUACUUUGACCAUAGCAAUGAUAUCUUUAUUUCAAACAAUUCUAAUGGUGAUCACAAUGAAACUGACAUUUCAUUUACUUCGCUUGAUGAAAAAUUUUCAACGCGCUGUUCUCGAACAAAUAUAG